AUGCAAACCAUAGUAGCAACGUCAAAAACCAAACUGAUAAACAGUAGCACCAUGGGAAACGUGUUCGGUAAGAGUUACAUCAUAGGAAUGGUGUUCGGUAAGAUCGUAGUGGAGACUCCCAAAUACACGGUGGCUAAAUCCGGCGACGGUUACGAGGUCCGCGAAUACCCGCCGGCGGUCUCGGCGGAGGUCACUUACGAUCCUUCCGAGUUCAAAGGCGAUAAAGACGGAGGCUUUCAGGUCUUGGCUAAGUACAUAGGCGUCUUCGGCAAACCGGAGAACCAGAAGAUCGCCGCGACGUCGCCGGUGAUCACGACGGAGGGUGAGAAGAUCGCCAUGACGUCGCCGGUGAUCACCAAGGAGGGGGAGAAGAUCGCCAUGACGUCACCGGUGAUCACCAAGAAGGCGGAGAAGAUCGCCAUGACGUCGCCGGUGAUCACCAAGGAGGCGGAGAAGAUUGAGAUGACGUCUCCGGUUGUGACGAAGGAAGGAAAGAGGACGGUGACGAUGCAGUUUCUGUUGCCGGAGAUGUACAAGAGGGCGGAGGACGCGCCGCGUCCGACGGAUGAGAGGGUGGUGAUAAGGGAGGAAGGUGGGAGGAAGUACGGCGUGGUUACGUUCAGUGGUAGUGCGGGAGAGAGUGUGGUGAGCGAGAAGGUGAAGAAGCUGACGAGCGAUCUCGAGAGAGAUGGGGUUAAGAUCGUUGGAGAGUUCGUGCUUGCUAGGUAUAACCCGCCGUGGACGUUGCCUCCGUUUAGGACCAACGAAGUCAUGAUCCCUGUUGAAUGAAUGAAAAUGUAUCCAAACCUUAUAGCUUUUGGUCUCAAGAACAUGUGUUUUGUGUAAUAGAACAAUAAUGUAUAAUACAAUGCGAGCUUUUGAUUGAAGUUA